AUGGGGCGAAAAUCAACUCUUUUCCGUUUUGAAUCUUCUUUAAGAUCACGCCAAAAGAUGAAUUCAAGAAAAAAUCAUCGUUCAUGUUCCCGUUCUAGCUCUUAUUCUUCUUUUGAUUCAACUUCGCGCUUUCCUUCUCCUCGUUCCCGUACACACUACUCUCGUCAUCGCAGCCGUCAUUCUCGUUCACAUACACAUUGUUCUCGUUCACAUACCUGUUGUUCUUAUUCUCAUACCCGUCAUUCUCAUACCCACCAUUCUUGUGAUUACCAUUCUCGCUCAUCUUCUCAUGGAAGGUCACAUGAGCAUGCUAGGUCUAGGGAUGUUGAAGAAAAUUCGACUUUGAGAUCCCAAGUUGCCUUGCUUGAAGAAUGA